AUGCUUCCCUCCCCUCUCGUUCGGGCUUCUUCGUCUCCGGCCGCAGGAGGAAGGCUUUUGUCGCGCAGCAGCAGCAGCAGCAGCAGGCGGACUGGCGCUAUUCUUGUGAAAGCUGUGUCCACUACUAGGCCUGUUGCGCCUAGGACACCUAUACAUUCAUAUCUACAUGCGCAUGUGCUUCCGCCCGUACCUGGGCUUAUUUAUACGUCGGUACGGCCCUACAGCGGUGUAACAGCGGAAGCUGCUACGAUGGGAAGAGGAGCUAUUAUUGCUUCUAUUUCCAGCGAGAGUAAUACCAACAACACCACCACCAACAUCGGCGGACCACGAGUAAGAAAGAGGAGAUCAGGGGAGGUAAUACAUACAAAUAGUUGUGUGCACACUCCUCGGGAGGAGUGCGGUAUGCACGAAUAUCUGCGGAGACUUGUGGCGCUGUACCGGAAAUGCGCCACAAGCCGUCCAUCUGCUCAAGAGCGAUCGAGGGGGCAGGGAGAUGCUGCGGGUGGACUGUGUAUCGGUACGGAUCCAGAGAGGCAGAGCAUAUCGAGAUCGGAAUCACCAUUGGCGGGUGUACCAGGACGCAACACCCGCCACCCUCCUCCUCCUCUCCUGUCGUCUAGGUCAGGGCAAGAUGUUGCGGCACCUCUCAGGAGAUCAUACUCGACGUCAGCAGCCAUUUUCGCUUCCUCUUCGGCCCCCGCAUCAUCACCGUCGCCAUCGCCAUCGCCAUCGCCAUCGUCCCCGUCCUCGUCCCCAACCUCACCACAUCACACCACUACUAAUGACAAAACGAGCCGAGAACCUGAUGCCACACCACGUAAUUCCACUCACAUUGACUUCGAUCGCCUCUCCGCGGCUAUGCCCGACCAGAGCGUCACCGGUGUGGAUUCCCUCUGGAGGCGGCUGUCGGCGAGCUGUGGAAGUAUAUCAGCCAACGGUGCGCGGAUGAAGGGCAAGUUGGUGGCAUUGAUGCGCAGGACAGACAGCUCCGCAUUGCCAGGCGAAUACGAGAGAGCUGCUUGA